GGAGAGGAUUCAUCCAAUGGCGGGGAGAACCAUGUCAAGCAGCAGCAGUAUCCUCCUGGCAGCGGCUGUGGCGGCCCUGCUGGUGGCGUCGGCGUCGGCGCAGUCCGGGUGCACGGCCGCGCGCGUCGGCCUCUACCCGUGCUUGAACUACAUCAGCGGCAACGACACGGCGCCCACCAAGUCCUGCUGCUCGCAGCUGAGCUCCGUGGGGCAGUCCCAGCCGCAGUGCCUCUGCAGCGCGCUCGGCGGCGACUCCUCGUCGCUCGGCGGCAUGACCAUCAACAAGACGCGCGCGCUCGAGCUCCCCAAGGCGUGCAACGUGCAGACCCCGCCGGCGAGCAAGUGCAACGGCGGUGGCAGUGCUCCGGGCGCCGCCACGCCAACCACGCCCGAGGUGCAGGCACCGGCAGGGUCUGGAUCCAAGACGACCCCGUCGGCGUACCUGCAGGAGAACGGCGGCUCGUCAGUCCAGGGCCCGGCUGGGCUGGUGUUCGCCCUCGCGGCUGCUGCGGUCUACGCCGUGUCAUCUCUGUGAGCGUCUGGGGCGCUAGUUGGAUGGUCGUUGAGAAAUGUAUUUCUUUCUCGGUAUUAUUUGGUUUAGCAUUGGGCAUUGGUGAUUGGUGAGGACCGAGAGGAUUAUAUUGUAGGGUGUUCUGUUCCACAUAUGUAAUAUUAUUAUUGGUUGUUUUCUUUGA